GUCUUCCCUCCCCGAGGAACCUGUUUCUCGUUACCACACUCCCGCGAUCAAGGGUUUCCAGUCGAGCUCACGAUUAUUUCUUUAGUAAAUAGGCAUAUAAGAGAAUGCUUAGGCAUGACCAUGUUCUAGGCCUCGUGUGUUUUUUGAUGCGUUUAUGGCGAAGUGAUGGUGAUAUAUGGUGAUGCGGCGGCUGUGGUGGCUAUCUUGAGGUAGUCGAAGCCUUAGUAAGUGUGGUGUGUAUUGAAGAGUGUAGGUCAUUUCCAGUGUAGAUGGUGACGAUGGUGAUGGUGGUGACAGUGGUUAUGGUGGUGACCAGACAUCACACAGAGCGUCCGUGAACAGCCUCACUGUCAAUUGUAAAUUUCUAGCUGUGAGAACCCGAAGAGCGCAGGAUUGAAACCAUGUGUUUACUUUACCGAGGAACGUGAUGCUAAUCAAGAGGGCAGUAAAAAACAAUAACACAUUCGUGAGUAAGCGCUAACCCCGUAGGGACAAGGUAGUGAGAUAACUGUGAGUGGAGUAACGAGGCCAAUUGGUAAUAUAAACCGGGAUACACGAUGGUUACCUAGCCACCACUCCUUCAUUUUCAUUGAAGCAACAAUUUCUCGCUCAAUGUCAAGCUACAAAGAACUUGUAAUAUUCAGAAGAAGACUUCAAGAUGACUCGAAUGUGUGGUGCGACGCUGGAUUACCCUUCCUGGAUUCUGAGAUCACUCUGCCUCUUCUGGCUCCUCUCAGCUGCAUACCCUGUACAUGACAUGAUAGCGGAGGUUGGUGACUCCAGGGGAGUACCGAUGUUUGUUUCUGGGAGGACCAGGUCACUCGCUAGUGAUCUGACCCUCCAUUCUCCUCACAUCCGUCAUUUACACCUGCUAGAUGAUGCUCUCCAGCGAGGACUUCCACAGUCAAGACGGGUCUCACAAGAAAACUUCCUCCAGAAAGAAAGUAUCACACAACCAAAAGGUCUCGUGGAUGAAGGGGUCUUGGAGCGAGAAGCCCCUUCACACGUCACAGAUCCUCUGGCAUUAGAAGGAACUUCCACAGUAUCUUCAUUCCCUUCGCAAUAUAUUUCUUUUGGUUGUCAGCUACAAUAUCAACACCCGCUGCACGACGCUGUCCGGGUACUCAAAAGAAAAUUUCACAAUAGCAGAGAGGAAAUAGAUGGUUCACUCUCUGGUACGACACACCCUAAUGAUGCUAAGAUACAACAAGAAUCAUAUACAUCUGAGAGCACGAACGACAGCGAAACAGUGCUUGAGAACAUCGAGAGAAUGGUUAUUAGUUUUGAGAAGAGAGACACGAUGAGAAUGAACAGUAAAGGGCAGAGGGUGGGUCUUCAACAGUUGUACACGAAAACUUUUCUCCAUGACAGCCGGAAGACAAAAAGAAUUAGACACCGUAGACACAAAGAGACGCAAAUGGAAAACCAACCCUUAAAACAUGUUGAUACACUUACUAACCUUCUCCCAUCUUUAUCUGAAGGGGGACUGGGUGAUAUAUUUGACAGAGGCAAUCUAGGUGUAGAAAAUCUCAGGGAAGAACAUGACUCUGUAACUGAGAAAGAUUACGUCACAAAUUCUGAUUUAUUCAGUCAUUUGUAUAACACAAGGGAAAAACAAAGGCCGGUUCCUGUACCUUCAGGUUCUUCUGCCAUCGGUAACAAACAAGUUUUCUCUGACUCUGAUAAGAUUAGAUAUAACAUGACAAUGAAUCAGAGCACAAGUGUAGCUACAUUUCCUGUCCGUGGCUACAGUGAAGGCAUUGCUUUACCUUCCAAGUUUUCAAGAAUGAGGAUCAAUAAGCCCAAGCUCCAUUCAGGUAAACAUAUUGUUGAUGAAACAUUUAUCAAAAAAAUGAAUUUUAAGGGUUACCAAAGGAGAACCGAAGGUGAAAAUGAAUUCUCGACAUCUACCGAAUCUUCAUUCAUCAUCCCUUCCGAUGCCAACAACAUAUCAAACGACCUAGGUGGGGGAGUGGAGAUGGAGUUCACUAAUUAUGUGGAGGAGCCUGUGGUUCUGCCUACUGUAGAAACUAUUGAACUUACAGAGGUUUCACCACCCUUGCCUCCUAUUUCGACCAAUUCUCGUCCAGUCAAUAAAACCAUCUCCCCCAUACCACACCUCCCCCAUAAUACAAAUUAUCCGAGAUUUUCAGCCACUCCUGGAUGGGAAGAAAACUCAAAUGAUUCUGUAACUUCUCCAGAAGUGGGCAAUACGAUAGUAAUUACAUCCGAAGAAGGUUUAACUAAAAAAUCAGAAGGGAACGAGGCAGACAGAGUUGGUGAUGCAAACAGGGCAGAAGAGACUGUGACACAACCGAAUGCAAAGAACGAUACUUAUGACGAGUUUCUAGACCCAGCCUUCAUUCCUGCCAAGUUCCCCUUCGGUCCGUUUAUUCCCAGCUUGAGAAUAAUGAACGUUCAGGAAGCUCCACACAUUCUCCCAGGAAUGGUGAAGAAGUCUAAACCAUUCAUCAUUCCCGAUGUCCAGAAAAGCAGGAAAAAGCCAAAUACUGGUGAUAUGAUGGCCAACAUUCUGUCGCCUUUCUUCGGAAAUCAGCAACAGAAGUCCAGCGCAAAGGGUCACAAGUUGCUGGAGUAUGACAAUGAGAGGAGCCACAACGAGGAGUUGUAUAACCAAGUAAGCGGGGUUUUCAUGCCAGAUUUUGGCAGCAGGGCCAUUGGCUUUUCCCCGGAGAUGUAUCCGCCCAUUGCUCUCAUCCGGCGGGAUAAACACAGAAUGUUCACCAGUAAUAAACUUCACGGAGGAUUUAAUUUUAUUGACAGAAAACGAGGUAAGAUCAGCGGAUCUUCAAUCAUGGAAUCUCCCGUGGGUGAGAACCCUCUUAGGGAACAAAACCUCGUCAUAUUCGGUAAUGUAAAAGACAACAUCAUGGAUACUCUCAGGAACUGCUCUAGGUAUAUUUCCCUGCAGUUAAUUGACCAUUACAGCAUUGGAGAUCUUGUGAGGGAGUCGUCUAACCCAAUGCGGCAGCUAAUUGUCUACUUUAACAUCAAGAGCAUCAGCUUCGAGAGCUACGAAAUCGUAUUAGAGCGGUCAAAACGCAUUUUGGAUCACCUGGCUAUGAGUCAGGGAGGACUGACCAUGUACACCGUCAUCCCCAGCCAAGAUGAAUCUACCAACACUACAAAUAGCAAAGAGUUCAAGGCACAGCUUCUAAAUCUCAAUGACGCCAUCCUUGACUAUUGUGCCCAGAACUACCCCAAUUGCUACAACACUUUCAACCUGGAGUCCAUUACUCAGAAAGUAAAGCGCACCUACAACAAGGACAGCGGCUUUAAUGUCUAUGAACAAGCAGGUAGGAACAAAGGGGCGUGUGUGUCCAACGAGGUUUGUGGUACCGCCAGCCCUACCACCAGCAACAGCAGGGUUACCACAAACACUGUGGUCUCUCCGGAACAGCAGCUGAAGAAUUUAGUCAAGGCUGUGUGUCUCUCCAGUUAUCAUCUCCUGAUUGAGCUAGAGGCUAACAUGCCCAUCCACGACUUCGAGGAACUUGCAAGAGCUCUCGAGAACGGCAAGGGAGAGAGGUUGAGGGUGCGGGCGCAGACGGGGCUGGUACUACACGACAUCCUCCCCAGAGAUCUGAAGAAGUACGACAAGAACCGUCCACCGAAGUACGAGGGACACGCCACCAUUGUUUACUUUCAUGUCACCGUCCUCUCCGUCGACUCCAUCAACGAGGAGUCCAUGACGUACGUAGCAGAUAUCUUCCUGGCCCAGAGCUGGCGCGACCACCGUCUCCGGCUGCCUGAGAACAUGACAGAGGAGUACCGCAUUCUGGACGUGGAGUGGCUCCACAACAUCUGGCGCCCAGACUGCUUCUUUAAGAACGCCAAGCGGGUCACCUUCCAUGAGAUGUCAGUCCCCAACCAUUACCUCUGGCUCUACCACGACAAAACUCUCCUCUACAUGGCCAAGCUGACGCUAGUGCUGUCGUGUGCCAUGAAGUUUGAGGCCUACCCUCAUGACACCCAGAUCUGCUCCAUGAUGAUCGAGAGCUUGUCCCAUACAACGCACGACUUAGUCUUCAAAUGGAACGAGACGGAUCCUCUGGUAGUGAACCCGGACAUAGAACUACCACAACUAGACAUCUCUCGUAACAACACCGAGGACUGCACCCUUACCUACUCCACUGGAAACUUCACGUGCCUGGCGGUGGUAUUCAACCUGAGGCGCCGGCUGGGUUACCACCUCUUCCACACCUAUGUUCCCUCUGCCAUCACCGUCGUUAUGUCGUGGAUUUCCUUCUGGAUCAAGCCAGAGGCUAUUCCUGCCAGGGUCACUCUGGGCGUCACCUCCCUCCUCACCCUAGCCACCCAGAACCAACAGUCGCAGUCGUCGUUGCCACCAGUGUCGUACAUAAAAGCCAUAGAUGUGUGGAUGUCAUCAUGUACAGUAUUUGUGUUCGCCUCCCUCCUCCAGUUUGGCAUCGUCAACUACUUCAUGGAGACUGAACCGCUCAGUAAGGACAUGACGGGCUACUCCGUCGAAGAUCUCCAUGAUUUAGAUGAAAAGAAGUCUGAGGACGCUCGUCUGAAUGGGUACUCCCGCAGUCGAAGCCGCAGUCGCAGCCGCAUACGAUCUCACAGCCCUGGAGUUCCGCAGUACGUUGUUCACCGCUGCUCUGGCAAGGAUAUUGCUCUCUACAUCGACAAAUUCUCUCGCCUAUUUUUCCCAUUUGCUUUCUUUAUUCUGAACGUAUCUUAUUGGACCACCUACGGAACUAUGUGAAGAUGGUAUCUCCGAUUGGCACUGUGUGAAGAUGGUAGCUUCUACCUGGUACUGUGUAAAAAUGGUAGCUCCUACUUGGCACUGUAUGAAGAUGGUAGCUCCUACCUGGCACUAUGUGAAGAUGGUAGCUUCUACCUGGCACUGUGUGAAGAUGGUAGCUUCUACCUGGCACUGUGUGAAGAUGGUAGCUUCUACCUGGCACUGUGUGAAGAUGGUAGCUUUUACCUGGCACUAUGUGAAGAUGGUAGCUUCUACCUGGCACUGUGUGAAGAUGGUAGCUUCUGCCUGGCACUGUGUGAAGAUGGUAGCUUCUACCAGGCACUGUGUGAAUAUGGUAGCUUCUACCUGGCACUAUGCGAAGAUGGUAACUUCUACCUGACACUAUGUGAAGAUGGUAGCCUCUACCUGGCACUGUGUGAAGAUGGUAGCUUCUACCUGGCACUGUGUGAAGAUGGUAGCUUCUGCCUGGCACUGUGUGAAGAUGGUAGCUUCUACCAGGCACUGUGUGAAGAUGGUAGCUUCUACCUGGCACUGUGUGAAGAUGGUAGCGUCUACCUGGCACUGUGUGAAGAUGGUAGCCUCUACCUGGCACUGUGAAGAUGGUAGCUUCUACCUGGCACUAUGUGAAGAUGGUAGCUUCUACCUGGCACUGUGUGAAGAUGGUAGCUUCUACCUGGCACUGUGUGAAGAUGGCAGCUUCUACCAGGCACUGUGUGAAGAUAGUAGUUUUUACCAGGCACUGUGUGAAGAUGGUAGUUUCUACCAGGCACUGUGUGAAGAUGGUAGCUUCUACCUGGCACUGUGUGAAGAUGGUUGCUUCUACCUGGCACUGUGUGAAGAUGGCAGCUUCUACCAGGCACUGUGUGAAGAUGGUAGUUUCUACCAGGCACUGUGUGAAGAUGGUAGCUUCUACCUGGCACUGUGUGAAGAUGGCAGCUUCUACCAGGCACUGUGUGAAGAUGGUAGUUUUUACCAGGCACUGUGUGAAGAUGGUAGUUUCUACCAGGCACUGUGUGAAGAUGGUAGCUUCUACCUGGCACUGUGUGAAGAUGGUAGCUUCUACCUGGCACUGUGUGAAGAUGGUAGCUUCUACCUGGCACUGUGUGAAGAUGGUAGGCUUUCGUUGGCAUUAUGUGAAUAGCCCCUAACCAUCAUUACGUGAAGAUAAUUGCUCCAAGUCAUCACUGAGAAGAUGGUUGCUCCUAGCCAUUUUACGAAACUAAAAAAAAAUCAGAAUGACGUAUUUGUAGAAAUGAACAAUAGUAUGUAUUUGAAUUUA